UCUGGAGGAAAAUACCCCCCCUCCCCGACUUCAGAUCGAGACAUUCUAUUGGAUGAAGGGCUUCUCAUCGAAAGGAUAUUGUGGACCUGGGCGGUGAGAACUUUUGUCUCGAUACUUUGUAUCCCGUUAUUGUGUCGGGCAUGGAGCGCUCUCUCUAGCGGCCCGAGGAUGCUGUCUCUUUCCUGCUCGCUCUCUCGGCCAUGAGCGGGGCCGCUGACAUUCGCUGACAUCCUCGGUCCUGGGCGGCGUGCUGUGACAAUGUCAGCUUGCAGAUUGACCAACCUCAACGGGUUGGUGGAGGACCCGAGGAUGGACGCCGGGGACCUGGCCAGGACUCUGCGAUGUCUGGAGACCGGCUCCGUCCUGACGCUCUUCUACCAGAAGAAAUCUCAGAGGCCGGAGAGAAGGACCUUCCAGGUGAAGAUGGACACCAGACAAGUCAUAUGGUUCAGGACGCCAGAGAAGGUGGAAGGCGACAUUGAUUUAAAAGAAAUUAAGGAAAUCCGGCCCGGGAAGAACUCGCGGGAUUUCGAGAGAUACCCCGAAGACGCUCGCAAGCUGGACGCCACGCUCUGCUUCAUCAUAUUGUACGGGACGGACUUCAGGCUGAAGACCCUCAGCGUCGCCGCGUUCAGCGAGGAGGAGGUGACCCUGUGGAUCGGCGGCUUGAACUGGGUGGUGGGCGAUACGCAGAGGGCCCCCGGGCCCCUCCAGGUGGAGAGAUGGCUGCGGAAACAGUUUGACUCCAUGGACAGAGCGAGGGAUGGCAGCGUCACGCCGAAGGACCUGAAAGCCCUGCUCCCUCAGAUGAAUUACCGGGUGCCCAACAUGCGCUUCCUGCGCGACAAGCUGCUGGAAGUCGAGGCCAGGUCGGAGCUGACUUUCCCACAUUUUGUUCUGUUCUACAAGAAUCUAAUGUUUGAGGCUCAGAAAUCAAUCAUAGAGCAGCUGGAGUUAUCCUUUCCCCUCCGGAAUGUCGACCGGCCGUCCUUAUGCCAGAUCUCCCUCUAUGACUUCCAGAGGUUCCUGCUGUACGACCAGAAGGAAGCCUGGGCCAGCGAUCUGAGUAAAGUGCGGGAGUAUCUGUGCGCGUAUCUCAAGGAGUCCGCCGCUGAAACGCCUGAGCCCGUUCUGCAGCUCGACGAGUUCCUCGCGUACCUCUUCUCCAAAGAAAAUAUGGUGAUGGACUCAAAGUAUUCCCGCGCGGCCCCCGAGGAGAUGAAUUACCCCCUGUCCCAGUACUGGAUUUCAUCAUCCCACAACACGUAUCUGACGGGUGAUCAGUUCUCCAGCGAGUCAUCCUUAGAAGCGUACACUCGGUGCCUGCGCAUGGGCUGCCGCUGCAUUGAGUUGGACUGCUGGGAUGGUCCGGACGACCUGCCGAUCAUCUACCACGGACACACGCUCACCUCGAAGAUCAAGUUCCUGGACGUGCUUCACACCAUCAAGGAGAACGCGUUCGUCACAUCAGAGUACCCCGUCAUCCUGUCCAUCGAGGAUCACUGCAGCGUGGUCCAGCAGAGGAACAUGGCGUUUUACUUUAAGAAGGUCUUCGGGGACAUGCUGCUCACCAAAGCCGUGGACAUCAACGCCGAGGAGCUGCCGUCUCCCAACCAGCUCAGGAGGAAGAUCCUCAUCAAGCACAAAAAGCUGGUUGAAGGGAACCUGUACGAGGAGGUGUCCACCGCCAGCUACUCGGAGAAUGACAUCAGUAACUCCAUCAAGAACGGGAUUCUGUACCUGGAAGACCCCAUCGACCACACCUGGAGCCCUCAUUACUUUGUUCUAACGAGCAACAAGAUCUAUUAUUCCGAGGAGACGUCUCGCUACAGGACCAACGACGACGAAGAAGAGGUGGAGGCCAAAGAGGAGUUUAAUAACAACGAUCUGCACUUUAGUGAAAAAUGGUUCCACGGGAAGCUGGGGGGCGGCCGCGACGGGCGGCAGAUCGCGGAGAAGCUUCUGUACGACUACUGCAUCGAGACGGGGGGGAAGGACGGCACGUUCCUGGUGCGCGAGAGCGAGACCUUUGUAGGAGACUACACGCUGUCUUUCUGGCGGUCUAACCGGGUCCAGCACUGCCGCAUCCACUCCCGGCAGGAGGCCGGCAACACCAAAUUCUACCUGACGGAUAACCUGGUGUUCGACAGCCUGUACAGCCUGAUCUGCCAUUACCGGGAGGUGCCGCUGCGCUGCAACGAGUUCGAGAUGCGACUGACGGACCCCGUGCCGCAGCCCAACGCGCACGAGAGCAAAGAGUGGUACCACGCCAACCUCACCCGUCUGCAGGCCGAGCACAUGCUGAUGAGGGUUCCCCGCGACGGCGCUUUCCUGGUGCGCAAGAGAAGUGACCCCAAUUCCUUCGCCAUAUCGUUCAGAGCCGAGGGGAAGAUCAAGCACUGCCGGAUCCAGCAGGACGGCCGCCUCUUCAUGCUGGGCAGCUCUGCCGAGUUUGAGAGUCUCCUGGAUCUGGUGAGUUACUACGAAGCGCACCCGCUCUACCGCAAGAUGAAGCUCCGCUACCCCAUCAACGAGGAGGCCUUGGAGAGGAUGGGCACUGCGGAGCUGGACUAUGGCGCUCUGUACGAGGUCCGGACCCCUCAUCUCUACGUAGAGGCCAACAAGAUGCCAACAUCCAGGUGCCUGGUGAAGGCUUUAUACGACUACAAGGCCCAGCGUGAGGACGAGCUGUCAUUCUGCAAGCAAGCCAUCAUACACAACGUGGACAAACAGGAUGGUGGAUGGUGGCGGGGGGACUACGGAGGUAAACGGCAGCUUUGGUUCCCCUCAAAUUACGUGGAGGAGAUGAGCAGCACUUCGACUCCAGACCAGGACGAUGCCGUGAGUCACCAGUGUGGGUCGUUAUUUUUUGGCCAGUCGGCAGAAAAUAGCCCCCUGGGGAACUUUCUGAAGGGGUUUAUAGACGUGCCUUCCUGCCACAUUGUCUUAUCGAAGGAAGGAAGAAGCUCCAGGCCGUACGUCUUCACCAUCCACUCCCAGCAGAUGUCUCACCCCUCUCAGGCGCUGGACGUGGCGGCCGACACUCAGGAGGAGCUCAACGACUGGAUCUCUAAAAUCCGGGAGGCCACGCAGAACGCAGACGCCCGGAUGCAGGAAGGAAAAAUCAUGGAACGGAGGAAAAAAAUUGCGUUGGAGUUGUCCGAGCUGGUCGUGUACUGCCGGCCGGUGCCUUUCGAUGAAGAAAAGAUCGGCACGGAGAAGGCCUGUUACAGAGACAUGUCUUCGUUCCCCGAGACCAAGGCAGAAAAAUACGCCAACCGCAGCAAAGGCAAGAAGUUCCUGCAGUACAACCGGCGCCAGCUGAGCCGCGUCUACCCCAAGGGGCAGCGGCUGGACUCCUCCAACUACGACCCUCUGCCCAUGUGGAUCUGCGGCAGCCAGCUCGUGGCCUUGAACUUCCAGACGCCAGAUAAGCCGAUGCAGCUGAACCAGGCGCUCUUCAUGCUCGGGGGGCAGAGCGGUUACGUGCUGCAGCCGGACAUCAUGCGGGACGAUCUGUUUGACCCAUUUGAUAAAAACAGCCUUAAAAUCAUUGAGCCAAUCACAGCGCAGAUCCAGAUCCUGGGGGCCCGACACCUGCCCAAAAACGGCCGGAGCAUCGUCUGCCCGUUCGUGGAAGUGGAGGUCUGCGGCUCGGAAUUCGACUGCAGCAAAAACAAGAGCGAGGUUGUAGCGGAUAACGGUUUGAACCCCGUCUGGACCAUGAAGCAGUUUGUUUUUGACAUCAAUAACCCAGAGUUUGCCUUCCUGCGCUUCGUCGUCUACGAGGAGGACAUGUUCAGCGACCCCAAUUUCCUGGCGCAAGCCACGUUCCCCGUCAAGGGCCUGAAAACAGGUUACCGCUCUGUGCCUCUGAAGAACAGUUACAGCGAAGACCUCGAGCUCGCCGCCCUGCUGGUGCACAUAGAAAUCGUUAACGCAAAGGAGGAAGACGAUGAGGACCUGUACACAUCCAUCCAGCAGCUACGAGACCGAGCCAGCGAGCUUUCCAGCCAGGUGUCCAGCUACGAACGCGUCAAUAACUGCGACCUGCGCUACCAGCAGCGGCUGGACGAGCUACGGGCUGCGCAGGAGCGACUCCUCGAGCUGACCGAAGUGCGCAAUAGGAAGUUAAUGGAAAAGAAGAAGAGAGAACGACAGCAAAUGGAUAAGAGGAACUGACGUGUGCGCCGAUCGCUCCCAUCCCCCGCUCACCGGUGCCACCGACAGACGGGAGAACGCCGGCAAUAUACCGGCUGUACCGGCAACGCACACCAAAAAAUUACCCCACGGGGUACAUGCAUAUAAUACAAUAUCUGUGGUACAGCUAGUAUGUUACAUGCAUGUUGCAGGUUUGCGUAUACACGCGUGUUAUAACACAUACCUAGAAUCCUAGACUUAACACGUGGAUGUAUGGCCUUAGCGUGGCAAGAUGUCAAGGGGUGAGCAGAUCGUUGCAGUGCGAUACCCUGCGGCACGGCAUUGCACAUGGCUGCCGCGGGGCUCCAGUGAUGCCUUUGGAAGCACCGGCCUUUAGUAUGUGGCCACGGACAGCGUCCCCGGCCCGUGGGCCGCUCCGCGUGCCACACACGUGGGGAUGUGUCUUAACGGGAUAUUUUGCUCUGAUGUUCUUAAACUAUAUAAACAAAGUAAUAAGUAUUACAAAAGAUAUAAAUAAAAUCUAUAUUUAAGUAUUA